AUGCUUUCGUUUGCCGCUCUCUCGGUGCUCGUGUUGGGCGCUUCGGCCCUGGUGGCGCCGCCGGCCCCCCCCCCGGCCGACAAUGGGUGCUGCUGCUGCGACAUCAACAAGAAGAGAAUCGACUGCGACAGGUCGAUCCCGGCGUCGGAGUGCAUCUGCCCCCAGGUCGUCUGCCCCGCCGGCGCGCCCACGUUCACGCACGGCACGCCGCCGAAAGCCACCCCGCCGCCCACGCCGCUGCCGACUUACAAGCAGUGCUGCUGCUGCAAUCCCAACAUCAACAAGAUUGUGUGCUCGCUGAGGCUCGUGGAAGACUGUAUCUGCUUGGCUGUGGCGUGUCCGACGGAUGCAAAGACCAUCUUUGUCAAGCCAACUGGCGUUCCGACUGCUGCUUAA